ACUUGUGAGCCAUAGACAAGAGGCAGAGGUAGCCAGUUCGUGGCUUAACCAAAACAUUGGUCCUACUUAGAGGCUACCAGAGAGCCAGUACAGAGAACUCAGCUCUGGAACUGAUGGACAGGCAUAUUUGAUCCCUGUAUCCCGGUCAGCUGCUACCAUGAAAUACACCAAAGAAAUCAAGAGGUCCCCACCACAUCUCCUGAAGAAGUUUGCAGUAUGUGACAUCCCUCUGUAUAACAUCUGUGACUACAAUGUCACCAGGGACCACUGCAGGAGGCUCAACUGCUGUUUCUACAAGGGCGUCUGCUACGAGAAAGCUGUUCCCAUUCAUGUACAGGUGUUCAUCGCCCUGAUUGGGUUCGUGGCAGGGACCUUCAUCAUUGCCGUCAUUUAUAGGGUCAUACAGGGGACUAAAAAAGAGAAGAAACCAUUACCCCCAGAGGAACCUAAGAAAUCUGUUGAAAUACUGAAGUCUCCCACUCCAGAACCCACUCCAGAACCCAUUCCAGAACCCAUUCCAGAACCCAUUCCAGAACCUCCCCCUCCCAUCAAGAAGACUGAGAGCCCAGUAGAAGCUGGAUGUUGCUUAUGGAUGAAAUCUAAACCAGCGAGGGAUCAGCCCCAGAAGGAAACUGCAGCCCCAGAACCGCCCUCAAACCCAGAGGAAAAGAAAGACAUCAGUGGCAGUGCCGCACCCCAGGCAGCGCCUUGAAUGUGUGCAACAGAGAGACCGUCUGUGAUGAAAAAUAAAGACAUUUCCUAAGUGUU